CAGAAACGCACAGAAACACUCCAGUGUUUGAGUGAGAAAAGAGACAACAUGGCGGCUCAACACAAACACAGUAAACACACAGUUAUGAACUGAUUAAAUACGGACUGCUUUAGUCCCGCGUUUUCAACACAACAGCGUCUCUGCGUUUGAACCCGGACUCGGUUCCGCCUCGUUUAGGGUUCCGUUUUAGGCUGUAGGUGCCGGCUACAUGUCUGACCUCCUCCCUGUCAUGGCGGCUCUCCGCGGGAUCCGCACGGUGUGACUUCGUACGUCGGUUAAAGUCCUCCGGGUGGCUGCGACACCGCAGCCGCUCGUACAGCGACUCCGACGCGGCAGAGUUUCCGCCGUCACCGUCUGUGUUCCGCGAGCGACCGACACGACUUUUAAACAGGUGGCGGUAACAAGAUGGCGUCCGAGGCUGCGCAGUAGCGGAGGAGACGGUGACGAGGACGUGACGGUGAAAGACACCGCGUGCUGCGUUUUCCUGCUCAGUUAGAAAAGAUCCGCGGUGUCACGAUGAAGAUGGACGGCGGGAAACCGCACGGUGACGCUUGGAUCAAAGUCUUUCCGUCGGUCGGGGUGUGUUGAAGGUAAAUGUUCCCGGAGCAGAGAGCACAUGGUGCGGACGGAGGCUGUCUGCUCUCGUCAUGGCUCGCGUCUUUAAGAAGCAGGACCGUCUCGUCCUUUAAAUGUCUGGGACGUGUUCAUGGCUUGUAAGAAGAAGAAGCAGAAGGGUAUGGUGUUUCAUCAGGAAGGAGCAACCAGCUCUGCAGCGCCACCUGCAGCCAAGCAUCCACCUGCACACUGUGUUCUCCCUAAACCAGAGAAGGCAUGUGAAGGUGGGAGGGAACGGAGCGGUCAUGUAAAAGUGACCAACAGAGAGGCAAACAUGACGGGUAAAGGCUUCAGGACGCCCGGUGCUCUUCCUGCAGUCAAACAUCUGUCCAGUCCAAGUCCUCUGCAGGACAACCUGUCUCCUGUCAGCAUGUGCAGAGGUGUCCGAGUCACACUGGACAACAACAGCAUGUGGAACGAGUUCUUCAGAUGCAGAACGGAGAUGAUUCUGACCAAACAGGGCAGCAGGAUGUUCCCUUACUGCCGCUUCCGUGUCUCCGGCCUGCAGCCGUCCAGGAAGUACUGUCUCCUUAUGGACGUUCAGCUGUUAGACAACAGCCGUUACAGGUGGACUGGCAGGAGCUGGCAGGUGGCCGGGAAAGCAGAGAGUCACGUGAAGAGUCGACUGUUCUCUCACCCUGAGUCCCCAUCGACAGGUCAACACUGGAUGCAGAGUCCGGUGUCCUUUUACAGACUGAAGCUCACAAACAGUGUCUCGGACCAGGAAGGGAACAUCGCACUGCACCCGAUGCACCGCUACCUGCCGCGACUGCACAUCAUCCAGACUGACAAAGCUGCUAAAGACGUUAAGCUAACUGGUGCUAGUGUUGUCACCUUCACUUUCCCUCAGACUGAAUUCUUGGCGGUCGCUGCUUACCAGAACUCCAGGUUUGCUCAGCUCAUAGUCGACCACAACCCGUUUGCUAAAGGACUGAAGGAGGACUCGUCCGGUUCAUCGGGCCUGAAGCUAAAACUGAACUCUGGAAAAGAGACUCCCAAAGAGGAGGCGAAGGGAACCAGUGAUCAUCCUGUGAAGAAGAGCUUAAAGUCUUUGCUUGCAAAUCACAAACCCAAAGGUUCAAAAGCAGUGGUUCCAAAGUCUUCAGGUUCUGGAGAGACUGCAAACAAAGAUCCAUCUCGUGUCAAGGUCCCUGCUGAGAGUUUGUGCAGCACUUCACGUCCUGCUCAGAAGUUAUUUUCUGAGCUUAUUAGGGAAGCUCAUGUUUCACUGCAGCGAUGUAACCUGGAUCAGCUGAACAUCAACAACGGAACUUCUCUAAAAACUGAGCUAACAAACGGACCAGGUGUUCCAGAGAAAAACGAAACACACAGUAAAACGUCGUCAGCACAGCGUAAAGCUAAGUCGAAUAGGAACUGUUUGAAUGUACAAACCUCCAAAGACGGUACUAGGAAAGAUUAUAGUGAGGUGACUCAUGUAGUCACUGAUCCUCCAGUGUCCCAGACCUCUGUGGACUCAGACCACCGACCUAAACCAGAAGCUCCAUCAGAAGAGAAUGUAAAGCAGCAGCAGAAACGACCAGCACCACUACCUUUGCCUGCCCUCGCUCUGUUUCUGAAGCAGCAUUCGACAAAGUCUAAAAGGGCCAAGAAUAAGAUGGAUGCUCCUCCCCCUGCACUCCCACCUGAGUCUGAAUCACACAGUUCUGAUGCAACCGCUCCCUCAAACAAUCUAGUAGAUGAUGAAAAAUGUUGCAAUAAACCUUCUUCUGGACACGCAGUCACAGAUGUAGAUGCAUCUGAACCAGUGGUGGAAGCAGCUCCUCCAUCACAUCCAGAGUCUGCUGCCUCCACAGAAACAACGGCACCAGGUCUUGAUGAUUCCUUUGUCUCUGUUUCAAUUCCUGAAUGUUUAGACUCUAAUCAGGCCGGACCUGAUCACACUACAGUGUUAUGUACUCUUGGGACAUGUAUGUCCACCAUGUCCUCACCUCUUGCUACCUCUGCUGCUGCAUGUCCAGUUUUAUCUCCACCCCUUGAUACAGUGUUAAAUGCCCUUAACUCGCCACAAACGCCUCCCAUCAUGGAAUCUUCCACAGUACCCUCGGACUCUCCAACCAUGAAAUCUCACCUGUUACUUCCUGACCCAGAGUGUUCUUCUUUUGGCUUUGAGCCUUUGUCACCUGCAAGUUCUCCAGAACCUUUACCCGUCCUUCCUGCCUCGUUGGCUUUAGAACUGGACUCGACUUCUUCUGAGCUUAAUCAGAAACCAGAACCUUCUAAUGGGUCACCGCAGAGGGAUGGCUCUACUACAUCUGUGUUUAAAUGGCACACGGUGUUACCUCUACCCGGGCCACCGUACCUAGACGCCUCAUUCACAACAUUUCAACCAACGUCACAGACGCUUCCCUUAGCAUCUGUCAUGUCGCCCUUGUUGCCUUCCCCAAGUCCAUCCACCCAUGAACCCCAAACGUCCAUGACUCCUGAUCCUGAUUCUGCUCUGUCAUUGCAAGACAACGAGCAGUCACUGCCAUUUCCUGCAGAACUGUCCCCCCUGGUCCUCCAGCUGUCUCUGUCUCCAACCUUCUCCUCAUUAGAUGGAGACCCACUGUCACCCACGCCUUCACUCACUGAACUUGUGCACUUUUUCUCCACCAAUGAUGACCUCGGGAUGGAGGUCGAGUUUUCAAAUUCGGAGGCUGUGGUGAUUCCACCUCCUGCGACACCAGAGGCACAUGUACCUGAACCAGUCCCAGCCCGGAAACCCGACAAAUGCAGGAACAAGAGGCGGAAACCUACCGUCGACAUGGAAGAGAAGGUCGAUGAGUCCGCCUACGUUAGCAUGCAGCCCAACCUGGAGGAAGUGGAGGAGCAGCUGUUCAUCUCUUUUACAUCAAAGGAGGCGCUCAAACUUCACGUUCUUGACUCUGUGGAGGAACCGCUCGCUCAGACGACUCCUGAUGUUCCUCUGCUGCCACCUGCUGACACACCUGACCACGAGACUCUGCAGAAGAGCAGCAGCGGUGAGAAGCUUCUGCUCAGAGACCUGCAGCUGAUGAAGCACAGACAGGUCAUUCACCCAGUGCUGCAGGAAGUGGGUCUGAAGAUGAACCUGCUGGAUCCGACUCUGGCCAUCGACCUGCAGUACCUGGGCGUCCGUCUGCCUCUGCCCCCUCCUGGACACUAUGUGGCGCUGCAGCACCAGGAGCCGCCUCCGCCUCAGGGUGUUUCUGCAGUGUUUGUGUCCAGAACAGGAAAAACCACAGAUGUGACCCAGAUUAAAGGCUGGAGAGAAAAGUUCACUCCCUCAGAGGCUCCGCCCACUCACUCCUCAGCCAAACCUGAAGCUGGUCCCAGCUCAGAUCAGCCUAAGAAGAACCUGUCUGCGUUCUGCAGCGACAUGCUGGACGAGUAUCUGGAGAACGAGGGGAAGUUGAUCGACGAGCGAGCCGCCAGCUUCUCUCAGCCGCAGGCAGAGCCCGCGGUCCCCGUGGUCUACGAGCUUCCUGCUCAGAGCAGCAGCUACGUCCGAACCCUGGACAACGUCCUGAAGAAGCACGGCGUGAGCUCGCCCACCUCGGACCUCAUAUCUGGAUUCAUCCCCCCCUCUAAAAGACCCAAACUGUCCCUCAAAGAGAGGAAGACCCAGCAGAAACGGAGAGGUCCGAAACAGACCAGACUCCAACCAGAACCUACUUCUGCUCCAGAGUCAACACUCGAACCAAGUCCUGCUGAGCUGAACCAGCUCCCUAAACUGCCUGUGGGACCACUACCCCCAUCAGACCACCUGACACCUGUCACUGAACCAAACAGGUCCCAGAAAAGUCAGCUGAAAGUCCAGUCCAACCACACAGAACCAUCAAGUGAGUCUCCUGAGAGCAACACUUUAAAGAAGAAGAAAAAGAGGAGGAGGAGACUCAAACCCAACACCUCGUCCCAGACCCUCAGCGCCCUCAGGGCCACGGUCUCCCAGGACCUGGCUCCUCUGGAGUCCGACUCUGAGCUAGGCCGCGACGAAGGCAAGGCCGGCCCACCUUUAAUGACCCGGGCUCUGCUCAGACAGAAGGACCUGGAGGAUGGAGUGGUGUGGGAGGGGCAACCCAGGACCACCAUCACCAAGGAGCGGGCCGCCAUCGCCCUGACCUCACUCUUCACACUGAUGGGUUUUGUCAACGAGAAUCCCACCGCCCCCAUCCAGCUGGUCCGCCGCCGAGCCCCACCCUGCCUGAAUGACUUCUGCCGGCUGGGUUGCAUCUGCUCCAGCCUCGCCUACUCCUCCAGGGUCGGCCACUGUGGGCGGAGCCUCUGCAUGUUCGGCUGCAGCUGCCUCAAACAGAAGGUGGUGCUGUUGAAGAACCUGGAGGCCUCGGACUCUAGCCCCUCCCACCCGAGCCACAGCAAGAGGAGGAAGAGGAAGAGGAGGAUGAAGAUGGCUUAUGUUCUGAAGGAGGCGGACAGCGUUUCCCAGCCUGCCGAGCGCGUCCGUGUCCUGUGGAAGAACGACGGUGCAGACUCAGAUCCAGACCCGGUCUAUGUCCCGGGACCAAUGGGUCCGACCCGUCUCACUAUUCAGCAGAACAGAGAAGAUGAGAGCAGCUGUGCUCGGGUCAGAGGUUACAGGGGGAAGAGGCAGAGUCAGAAAGCACAGGACAAAAAUAAAAGUGGAAAAUCUAAAUCGGUGAAAUCUGUGAAACAGCAGCCUCAGACGCUGAAGGAAGCUCCUCCCCCUGCUCCGCCUCCUGCAGCGGCUGAGACGACAGAGUCCAACCCAAAGCCGUCUAAGCGUCUGAUCCUGUUGUCGGAGUGUAAGUGGGCGAGCGACGCCGACCGGAACCACGUGCUGAAGAGACUGUGUGAGAUGAUGGCUCAGGACCGACUGGACCUGCCCUUCUGGGUCAGGGAGUACCUCAUCAGUCCCAUCAGUCAGAAUGUGGAGGACAACGACGGCAGCCGCUGCGUCCAGUACAAAGUCCACAUCGGCAGACCCAGGCCGGAUCAGGAGGACCCAAAAGAACCUCCACAACAAGACCAGAAGACUGAACCCCUACAAGAACAGGACCUCCUCACACAGGUGAGCGGGGAGGCGGAGCUUCUGCAAGGCGUGCAGAAGGAGGAGCCUCCAGAGGACUGGCAGCGGGAGGUGGAGGAAGGUGAAAUUGAGGAAGAGGAGGGUUCACCGUGUGAGCAGGUGGAUGGUGAGAGUGACAUGAAGGAAAGGGAGAGGAGCACACGAGCAGAGAAGAAGAAGAAGAAGAAGAGUCUGGCUCUGCCUUUCCUGACGGGAAUCUCUCCUGCCGGGUUCCUGGCGGCCAGAAAGAAAUCAGCAGGAGAGACGGACCCUGUGGUGGAGGUGAACGGGAAACUCUAUCCUCUGGCAAAGAUCCAGCUGGGGAAGAUGGGAGCGUUGCAUCCAGCCAACCGUCUGGCAGCCUACCUGACCGGCCGGGUCGGCUCCAACAGGAAGCAGACUCAGGGUCCAGGCCCCACCCCCAUGACCCCAAGGACCCCCACUGUCUGUGUGACUUCCUCUAACCUCCCCAAUGCUGUGACCUUACCACGACCCCAGCCCACAGUCACACGUCCCCUCCUUCACACUUCCUCCACAGUCUCUCAGGUGAGCAGCUCUGUGGUUCCACCUGUGACUCUGGUCCCAGGUCUGAAGUUUGUCCCUGGUCCUCGUAUGAAGGUCUCUGUGCUCGGUGCAGCGUCGCCCUCCUCUGGUCAGAGGAUGUUACUGCAGCCACUUUACCGCCUCUCUAAUGGAAAACUGGUCCAACUGGUUCCAAUUAACAAGCCGAGAGCAGUGAGCCCCGCCCACUUUGUGUCGAGAGGUUCACAAAGUGCUACUAUAGCCACGCCCCCUCCCUCCCCCUCACUGUCUGGCCUCCAGUCCUUCUCAGUGUCUAAUUGCUCCUUCCCCCUCAGCCCUGGCUCUGGCUUCCUGUCUCAGAAGGGCACGCGCACCUUUAAAAUCAUUCCUGCCUCCUCCAACAAGGAGCCCAUCAUCAUCACCUGUCAGAAACCUCCCUCCCUCCCCCUCAAGGUGGCGCUGUCUCCUGCCACCGUCACUAGUCUCAAAACCCAGAGCCCCGCCCCCUCAGCUGACCUCAUCUCUCCAAUACCCUCUCCAGGUGAGGAGGCGGAGCCUGGGGUCAGACUGGUCAUUGUGUCAAAUGACACGGCAUCAGGUCCUAUUUCAUCUCUGAGCUCCACCCCUUUAGAGACAAACCACACAGUCCCACCCCCUCCUGCUGCUCCAGGGUCAAAGGUCACACUUGCAGCCCCACCAUCUCCUGCUGCUCCAGGGUCAAAGGUCACACUUGCAGUCCCACCCCCUCCUGUUGCUCCAGGGUCAAAGGUCACAGUUGCAGCCCCACCCCCUCCUGUUGCUCCAGGGUCAAAGGUCAUGAUUGCAGCCCCACCCCCUCCUGCUGAUCCAGGGUCAAGGGUCACACUUGCAGCCCCACCCCCUCCUGCUGCUCCAGGGUCAAAGGUCACACUUGCAGCCCCACCCCCUCCUGCUGCUCCAGGGUCAGAGGUCACACUUGCAGCCCCACCCCCUCCUGCUGCUCUAGGGUCAAGGGUCACACUUGCAGGCCCACCCCCUCGUGCUGCUCCAAGGUCAAGGGUCACACUUGCAGCCCCACCCCCUCCGGCUGCUCCAGGGUCAAGGGUUACACUUGCAGCCCCACCCUCUCCUGCUGCUCCAGGGUCACAGGUCGCCCUCAGCUCUAUGGACCUGGACAUCAUCUGCGUGGAUGAUGACCCGGAGCCGGUUGCCAUGGAUACGUGGUUGGCAGAGACCGUGGGCAUGUCGGGCUCGUCCAGCGGAGACACGGACAACUCUUCAGACUUUGAAGACGAUUCAGACAGCGGAGACGACAAAGAGACGACGAAGAACCACCGACACAAUCUGUUGGAGCGACAGCGUCGCGGGAAGAUGAUGGAGCUGUUCACGUGUCUGAGGAAGGAGGUGGGACUGAGAGACGACAAGACGCCGAAGGUCGCCACGCUCAAGAAGGCCGUGCAGAUGAUCCAGGAGUUGCGGUCGACUGAAACAAAUCUGAUGAUGAAGAAGAUGAGGCUGAAGGACAAGAGGGACGAGUUCCUGUCCACACUUGUCCCAGCAGGUGAAAGCGUCCAUCUGUCGUCCAAACACGACAAGAAGAGACGCCCGGCGGCCAAUCCACCACCAGCAGAGGGCGGGGCCUCUGAUUCUGAUGAUGACCUCAUAAUUAUAUCAUCCAACCUGCCACCAAAGACUCCACAAACUCCUCCCACCAAUGUUUCUGCUCCUCCCACUACCACACCUGUCCCCACACCGGUCCACAAACCUGUCCCUGUCCAGCAGGCGUCCUCUGUGGCUCCGCCCCCUGUGUCCUGCUGUCCACCUGUCGUCAGAGAUCGACCGAGGACGGUCCCCAACAUCCUGUCCCGCAGGAAACGCCCACAAACUGUGGAGGUUGAAGCUCCGCCCAUUAAGGCCCUGGUCCCACCAGACUUCCUGUCCCUGGUUGGUGCAGCGUUUCCUGGACAACAGGUCGUGAGUGUGAGUCCAGUCAUGUCGGAACCUUCAGUUCUGCAGACGGCGCCACCACCAGGUGUGGCCUCAGUCACCCUCAACCUCCCCAGUCUGACCAAUCAACAGAUCCACGUCACCUCACUGCUCCCACCCCCAACUGGUAAGAGCUACAGCAGCUCCGCCCACCUCACCUUCAAUCAUCUGACAGCGUCGCAGCUUCUUCACAUGGUUCAAAAUUCACAGCAAGACUCAGCAGAUUGCCCCCUGCUGGCGUCUGCUGGUCCAGACCAAGACCAGAACCAGGUCAAAGACCCAGACCAGAAUGACACCAGAGCCGAGUCCCCCUCCUCGUUGUCUGUGGGCCCAGGUCCUGGUCCUGAUGGUGGUCUCUCAGAUCCAGACCCUGAGAGCUUGACAUCUCUUCUCAAUGAGAUCGUUUUCCUGAACCAACAGACCGUCGCCACGGCAACGACAGCUCAAGACUGUUCAGAGGGAGGAGUCCGGAAGCUGGACCACACCCACAGUCCGGAGCUGGACUGUGAUGGCACAGUUACCACAGAGACAAAGGAGGCGGGGCUUCAGGGACACACGGAUAUGACGCAGAGCAGACCAUCCACUAAAGGUGGUGUCCUGGCUCCGCCCCCUCUGCUGCAAAUGAAGGUGGGCGGGGCCAAUGUGAUAGAGCCAGUCAGCAGUGACAAAGCAGCAGUGGGAGGAGAAGGGGGGCCGGGCAAGGGGGAUUCGACCUGGAGGCCAAUGCCACGGCUCGUUCCCCUGGGACUGAGAGGAGCCCCGCCCACCUGAGUGAUGUCACAGCAGGCCACACUGUCACUGAUCUGACCCCAGAGUAACUCAAGUGACUUUUCAAGUCAAAUCAAGUAAAAGCUCAGCAAACAUGGGUGUAUUUUAUUUUGAAAAGGUUUUUCUUUUAUGAGCUCCUCUGCAAAAAUGUCCUUUCAAAAUAAAUAGGAGAAAAAAAAAAGUCACAAAUUUUCCUGUGACGUUUAAAAGAUUUUCUGUUUUCUGAUGAAAGUUUGUUUUGAACGACUGGAGAAAACUUUUUACAUUUCAUCAAGUGUCAGCGUCGCCAUGGCAGCCGAGUACGGCAACUGUCAUGUGUUCAUGUCCGUGUGUCUCUGACAUUUGUAUUUUUGUACGAUGUAAAUAAAAUGUCUUAACACUAAAUUAAAUAAAGUUUGAAGACAAACA